UGCACUGCCUGGAGGGUUCUGUCCAGAACAUCCCACCUGCCUCUGGAGCUCAGUCCCAGCAGGACACAGCCAGGAGACAACGGGCCUUGGAAACAGAAUUCUAGAAGAGCGGCUCCUCAGGCCUCGGCUGGACCCCAUCACACACAGGUGGAGGGGCCAGAGCAGUGCGAGAAGCUGGCCCGUGGACGCUGUGUCAUGUGGAUCCGCUGGUGGCUCUGGCCCCUGGUGGCCAUCUGUUCGGCAGACCAGUUCCGGGAUGAGGCUGAGAGAAUCAUGCGGGGCACACCUGUCAUUGAUGGGCACAACGACUUGCCCUGGAAGCUGCUGAACAUGUUCAACAACCAGCUUCAGGACGAGAAGGCCAAUCUGACGAGCCUCGCCGACACACACACCAACAUCCCCAAGCUGAGGGCUGGUUUUGUGGGGGGCCAGUUCUGGUCUGCAUACACUCCCUGCGACACCCAGAACAAGGACGCUGUGCGGAGGACCCUGGAGCAGAUCGAUGUCAUCCACCGCAUGUGCCAGAUGUACCCAGAGGCCUUUGUGUGUGUCACUGACAGCACAGGUAUCCGGCAGGCCUUCUGGGAGGGGAGGGUGGCCAGCCUCGUCGGCGUGGAGGGUGGCCACUCCAUCGACAGCAGCCUGGGCGUCCUGCGGACCCUCUACCACCUGGGCAUGCGCUAUCUGACCCUCACGCACAGCUGCAAUACGCCUUGGGCUGACAACUGGCUGGUGGACACGGGAGAAGACAAGGCUGAGAGCCAAGGCCUGUCAUCCUUUGGCCAGAGCGUGGUGAAGGAGAUGAACCGCCUGGGGGUCAUCAUCGACCUGGCCCACGUGUCCGUGGCCACCAUGAAGGCCACCCUGCGCCUGUCCAAGGCCCCCGUCCUCUUCAGCCACUCCUCAGCCUACAGCCUGUGCCACCACCGGCGCAACGUGCCCGAUGACGUGCUGCAGCUGGUGCUCUGCCCUUCUCCUGAGCAGAACCAGACACGCAGCCUGGUGAUGGUUAAUUUCUACAACGACUAUGUUUCAUGCAAAAAGGAGGCCACCCUGUCCCAAGUGGCAGACCAUCUGGACCACAUCAAGAAGGUGGCAGGAGCUGGAGCCGUGGGCUUUGGUGGGGACUUUGACGGUGUUUCAAGGCUCCCCGUGGGGCUUGAGGAUGUGUCCAAGUACCCCAACCUGGUGGCCGAGCUGCUCAGGAGGCAGUGGACAGAGGCGGAGAUCAGGGGCGCCCUGGCCGACAACCUGCUCAGGGUCUUUGAGGAAGUGGAGCAGGCGAGUGAUCACACACAGACUCCUGAGGAGGAGCCCAUCCCAAAAGACAAGCUGGAGACUCCUUGCAGGACGAUGUACGGCUACUCAGAGGCCCCCAGCCUCCAUCAGCAGCCAGGGCCCCUGCUGGCCUCCCUCACCACCCUCCUCCUUGGCCUAUGUCUUCUGUGAUGCCCUGGGGUCUGGACCUCUAGGCUCCUACAGCUCAAGGGAGAUUGGCCAUCAGAGCAGGGAGCUCCCGGCUCCCCAGGCACAAGGCCUGGGCUCUAGCUCCAGACAGACACACAGUGGACCCUUAAUAAAGGCAGCAACCCUUCUGAGUCA